AUGCUCUUCAGCUUUCUCGGUAGCACGAUCGCUGCUAGUAAUUUGGACUUCAUCGGGUACAUCGAGCUGUACUCCAAGACCCAGUACGAGAGAACGUUCUCCAUUCUCAAGAUCACCUAUGCCAGUCAGUGCUAUAGUUUGGCCUGCGACGACCUGGACAACCAAGCUGCGUCGGUCGCGUGGAACCAGCUGCCGAACUCAACCUCCGACACGCUCAUCUUCUACAGCGAAGCCAACUGCACAGGCCACAAAGCGUCCGUUCGCCUUGACAACCCCCGCCGAGGGGUUCCCGAUUUAACAUGA